GAGUGAAGCCCUUUAAGUGUAAUGUUUGUGAUGCCUCAUUCACCACCAAUGGCAGCCUGAACCGCCACAUGAUUAUCCACAUGAAGUCUUUCAAAUGCUCCAUGUGUGACGAGACCUUCCGGACCAGCCUGCUGUGUAAAAAGCAUAUGAAGAAGGAGCAUGCUGUGGAAGAACACAUUAUAGGGAUGGAGAGUCAAGACAUCGAGGAAGAAGAAGACGAAGAGGAUGAGGAAGGGGAGCAAAAGUCAAAGAGGAGGGGUUUGGAAAUCAUCACUUUCACAGAGGAGCAGGCGGCCGAGCUGGCCAAAGAUCCUGGUGAGGAGGCCUCAGUGUCAGAGCGCAUCCUCGCCCAGUCAGCGGCUGAGAGGGAUCGGAUUAGCGAGAUAAAAGACAAGGCGGUGGAACUGGAAACAGAACCCAAGUUUGCCAACUGCUGCAGUUACUGUCCCAAGAGCUUCAAGAAGCCCAGUGACCUUGUCAG